AGAGUUUCUCCGUUGACUGCAAACUACACCAGAAGUCUCUGCUGCGGCACACUGACACUCACACUCAGUUCAUAUGCUGAAGGUGGAGAGAAGACUCAGCGCAUGAGGAUCUGUGAAGGAUUUUCUGACAGGUGCACUUGCUAAAUGAAGAAAAUUUAUGUUGGACAGAUUUCUUUGUGAAGAUCAACAUCGCUGAAUUGAACCACAGCUGCAAAAUGACAGCUGCCACAAAGCUACUGGAUGAGAUGUGCCACCUGACGGCUCAGUCUCUGACACCAAUGGUCACGUCAGAGCACUUCAAGGUCCUGAAGCUCCUGGGCGAAGGCUCAUACGGCAAAGUCAUGCUGGCUGUUCACAGGAAGAGAGGUACUCCGAUGGCUCUGAAGUUCUUCCCUCGUGAGUCCACCCCUCUUGUCUCUUUCCUGAAAGAGUAUAACCUCUCUCUGUCAUUCUGCACUCACCCGUCCCUGACCAGAGCCCUGGGGAUCGCCUACUCAACACCUUCACACUACGUCUUCGCUCAGCAAGCUAGCCUUUUCGGCGAUCUCUUUGAUGUCAUCUUGCCUGAGGUUGGAAUGGAGGAGGACUGUUGUCAGCGUGUGGUGUCCCAGCUGUGUGGUGCUCUGACCCACCUGCACUCUCUUGGUUUUGUCCACAGAGACCUCAAACCGGAGAACGUCUUCCUGUGUGACUCCGCCUGCCGAUGGGUCAAGCUAGGAGACUUUGGCAUGGUGAAGGCCAGGGGCACCAGGGUCCCAGAGGUCUGGUACAGCUCUCCUUACUGCACCCCUGAGGCCGAGAUUGCUCGCGGAAACGAGGACAGCUGGAGGAGCAUGAGCGACGGGAAUGAUGGCGUUAAGAAGGAUGAAGAGAUGGAAAAGAAGGCCAGAGUUUGGGUGUCUGUGGAGCCCAGCACAGAUAGCUGGGCGCUGGGGAUCCUGACCUACGCCAUGCUCACCGGCAGUCAUCCCUGGGCUGAAACAGCCAGCGACUGCCGUGCGUACCUGAAGUAUGAGGAGUGGUUUGACCAAACAGAAGGCCCUGAUGAUGAACUGGAUGUAUGGGCAGAGCCGCAGGGCGAGAGCACGCAAGAUUUGAUUGGGGUAGAACUUGGAAAGAAAGACCACCCUCCCGUAGCGCCCCAAUUUGCAUGUUUCACGCCGCUAGCCCGCUCCUUCUUCCGGUCGCUCCUCGACCCAAGGCCCCGGUAUCGUGGACGACCCGAGGUUGCAUUGAAUUACCUCGGAGGUGACUGGGUGAUGGAGAAGGAGAGGGUGAGGCUGGAGGAAGAGAGGAAGAAGAGCAGAGGGAAAGGAGCAAUUAGGAACAUGAAGGAGAUGGAGGGGAGAGGAGAGAGAUAAGGAGACUGGGAAAUAAUGAAGCAAUUUUUACACUAAAACAUGGGAUAUAUCAAGGACAUGAGAUGUUCAGGUUUAUUAUUGAACCUGACUAAUAUUGUUUUUAGUUUUUAUUUGCCUCAAAAAGGGGUUGUUGUCAUAAGCUAGAAACACUGUAGAGCCUACAGUAGAUAAACACAUAAACAUUCUCCAGUUCAAGCUUCUCAAAUAUGAGAAUUUGCUGCUUUUCUACAUAUAUAUAUAUAUAUAUACACACACACACACAUAUAUAUAUAUAUGUAUACUGUUAUGGAGCAUGUAAUUGUAAGCACUUACAAUCUUUUGCAGCCAUUGUUUUCACUGUUUUUAGUCAAUUAUUUAAAGAAAUAACUACCAGCAAGAAAUAUUGUUGCAGCCCAACUGAAAAGACAAAGAUAUGGACAAAUGUAAAGCAUUAAUUCAAACAAGAUGGUUGCUAGAAAGGGUGUGCACAUCACCACAUUUUACAGUGAGAGGAUGUAGCUGAAGGUUUGAACUACUGGUGAUAACAUUUAUUUUUGGCAGUUAAUGAUUUAAAGGAUCUGUAUGCAACAUGGCAGAAAUGCUGACAGAGCUAAAGGUGUUAACAUGGAGGGGAACCAGAGGGUGAGCACUGCCAUUCUGCAGCAACGUCAUUCUGCCACCUUGGGUGGGGACCACGUUAUCAGCGGUGACUGCCAUACAAGCACAGUGCAUAUAGGCAGCAAUAGCUAGACAGUGGGAUACACACACAGGGACCAUGGAAGUAUAAAGAAGUAUAAAGAUCUGGACACAGUGUUUGCGGUGCAGCUCUGUUCAUUCCUGGGACAGCUGUUCAGUAGCACAUGAAGCCAAAAACUGCUGUAGUAUGAAAUUAUCCAGAGCUUCUGCAUGGUGGAGCCCGUAGAGCAAGCGCACUAGAGACCCUCGGCAGCCAUGCAGCUAGCUUUCACCAGCCGGACAGCUAACUUAUGGUUAGCGCUCCACUAAGGUGAAUAGGGUUAAAAUGAUUAAAUAGUGAGGCUCUCUCAGACUUUUGAAAUGUUAUCGGAUCGAAUGGAUCAAAUCCCAAUAGUGAAACUAAUGGCUUCGACUGUGAUGCUUAAAAAAUAAUGAUAUGUAAGUCUAUGGGAAGAAGUCUUUUUGGGCCAUGUGACCCCCCCCGAUAUGGUAAUUCCAUAUUUGGCCACUAUGUAAAAUUGGUUUCAAAGCCCAGUGCUGCUUCUACACACAGGGACUCACGUGUACUAGCACGCUUACGCUGUCACACCAUCUACCACAACAGCAAACAAGGGUUUUUACAGUCAUGACAACCCUGGAAAAGUCAUGGAAUUUGAAAAUAGCAAUUUCCAAGCCUGGAAAAGUUUUUGUGAAAUAAAUAAACCAAUAGAGUUUUGGAAAAUGCUUCAGAAAUACCUGUAUAAAAGGGUUAAUGUAAUGUAUAUGGUGUUAAUGUUCAGGCAGAUCAGCCACGUGGGUAACUUCAGAGUCUGACCUGCGUUGCAGCUUUUAGUUAGUCCAGAUGUAAAUUCAUGGAAUGCCAGGAAGAUGAGAAUUUUAAGGCCUAGCUUUACAAGUAUAAGGCUAGAGAAAGACCAGGACCCAGGCCAUGCAAAAUAUGGGCUGUGUAGUUAAAUUUUUUACAUUUCAAACUUGAGGGAGGCAGUGCUAGCCAGCCAUGCUAAAGGAGCUAACAUUAAGCACCAGGCUUCUGCUGCUGCUGCUGCUGCUGCUGCUGCUGAUGCUGCGUGAAUUUUCACCCUGGGGACUAACAUGGCACCCGCAACCAGCAGUGCUUCCCUCUCAACCAAAGGACCAUUUCGAUGAUAUGUCCCUAACUGCAGAGGUAGCCUACUGCCGGUAGGGACAUAGCAAAGUUAGGGACAAAGGUGGCUAAGUCUCACUAACGUUAUUCAUACAAGUCAUUUAACAACAAACUAGCUUUUUAGGUCAAGGUUUCCCCAGCAGCCAGCUAGCCCCCGGACUGUGGUAAACACAAGUGCUCAUAUACAGUAUGUGUACUUUUGGACCGGCUCCUCGUUAAAAAAAAAAAAAACGCACAGACCUUUCAGAGAAUGCAAAGUGGUCAUAGAAAUUUGCUUCAAAGUCAUGGAAAGUCAUAGAAAUUAUUGGUAAAAAUGAGCAUUAAACCUGAAAAACAUAGAGACUCAGAUUUUAACACACACAGAGGGAGCAUGACUUUGUUUCUGCUCAGGACACCAUUACUCCUACAUAGCAAAAAGUUGUUUGCUGCAAUAUCAAUCCUCCGGAUGUUGUAUACAGCACCUUUAAUUUAAUUUCUUUAUUAUUAUUAUUAUUAACGAUAUGUACUAUAACUAACUGAAUCAUAAACAUCAGAUUAAAAAUGACUUGAAAAAACAGCUGCAGUUCUGGGGAUUAUCAGUGUUUAGUAGUGCUGUAAUGCUAUCAUGCCCUUGUAAAAGAUACUGUCUUUAGCACACUGCAUUUAUAUUUGGAUUUAGACUUUUAUGUGUAUGCAUCAUAGUUGGCUAUGAGCUGUGUAUAGAUUGCAGUAGUGCCCAGUUUUUACAGCCAACAUGUCUGCCAGCAGACUGAGAGGAGCAGUGAUGAACCACAACACUCUGACCUGGCAAUGGAAGGAGAAAUUAAGUACAUAUUAAACUUUUCAGAGGCACUUUCUGGAAGUAAAUAUUAAUAUGCUGCAUAUAUUUUAGGAGCACUUGUAUUGCACUGUAAAUGUAGGCCUAAAUGGCAGUUUUUUGGUAAUGCUGUAGCACUUUGUAUGUAACUACAAAACCAUGUGUUCUCAAACUUGUAUGGUAACUGUACUAAACU